AUGGACUAUGCAUCAAUUCCUCCAGAGAUUAAUGUGCUGCUACUUGGUGAUGCAGAAGUCGGCAAGUCGACAUUCUUAUCGCGCCUGAGCCUUGGUAUCCAACCUCGAGGUGACGACCUUCCACCGUACGAGCUCCCAACGUUGCGCGAUAUAGACCAGCCCUACGCUUUCGACAUCUCACUCUACGGCCGUCCAUAUAGAAUCCAGUUCUUCGAUACCGCUUCGCCUUACAACUACACUCUCCUGAAGCCUCAAUUCGUGAUCCUCUGCUACGACAUCUCCUCGCGCGCCUCGCUUGAAUCCCUAUCAACGACAUGGCUGCCUAUUGUGAACAAGCACUUCAACUAUGACGAAAAUCUGCCGGUCAUGGUCUUGGGACUGAAGAGGGAUCUUAGAAAGCAAUGGACGAUAGAGGAACAUGGGCAGGAUAAGAAAGGCAAAGGCGCUAGCGUUAUGCCGCAUGAAGGGGUGCAGACUGCACAGCAGAUGCUUUGCGAUCGCUAUGCAGAGUGCAGUGCGCUGACGGGUGAAUUGUGCCGCGAAGUGUUAGAAGAUAUCGCGAAAACAAGCGCGAAGACGACAACGGAAGCUGGCGCAAAGAGUCAGGGACCAGAUAUGUGUAAUGUUAUGUAG